AUGCAACAGUCUCUGCUUCCACUACUACUACUAGCUAUAACUCUAGCUGUAUCCUCCACAAAUGAACUACCGUUUCUGAAUCGGUUCGAAUUGGAAAAAAUCUUUGAAGAACAAGACAACGAGAAUAAUAAUGAUCAAAGGGAUGACGAGUUAAUAUUACAGCUUAAAAGACAUCCCGUGUUAAAGCCAAAAGUACCAAAUAUCGUUUAUAGUAAAGAAAACAUCGGAGACGAAAACAUUUUGAAGUAUUGGAAGAAUUUUAAUAAUAAUAAAAAACAGAAAUUGGAAUAUCCUAAAUAUUCGAAGUGGUUAUACGCGGAAGACGAAUCGAACGAUAACGAUAUUCAUAAGAAUAAAGAUUUCACUGGAAAUUCGGAAAGUGACACAAAAACCGUGCUCUCCAAUCCAAUUGGUAAUCCAAAAAAAUUCGAGGAAAUCGUAACAAUAAGUCCCUUAUUGAUUCUCAAGAUACGUUUAUCCUUAUUGAGCAAUAACAUUGAUAACAUGGAACUAGACCGGUACACUGAUUCAAUGCCUGUCGAUGUUAGAAUCGUGAGAGACCAGACGAAUACUGAGUCAGUUAAAAGGGUGGGUUUAUUAGAUGAUCUAAGACAAGAUGAGAGCGAUAAAUCAGGAGCAUCAGAACCGAACAAAACGAAAAAGGUUGUAAAAAAGAGGAUUUUUUCUCUUUGGAGUAGAUUACAAGGUCUUACUCACAGGGGGCACGAAUUGCAUCAUCGGAGGCAUCUGCAUGCCUUUUAUGGUCUUCCGGACGACGGCGGCGGCGGCGACGGAGGCACCCUCACAGCAGAAACCCGAGCAACAUUCAUGCGACCACCCGGUUCACCUUUAAGAUGGGGCUAA